AUGUUGCUAACUCUCAAGUUUUUUGACAAGCAAUCAGACUGCGAACUGAAACUCGAAGAGCCAGCAAUUUUGGCAUCAUCAGGAUGCGGAUUUCUUUAUACAAUUGAUAAUGCAGGCAAAAUUUCCCAAAUUGAUCAUAAUAAACACAUUAUUUCAGAAGAAACAACCUUAGAUCAAGCAACACAUAUGCGUGCUGCCCAAGCAUCGCAAGAUGUUCUUGUUGCUUCUCCAAUGGGAAACAAUUAUCAAAUAGUUUUAUUAAAUUCUCUGAAUUUUAUUGAAGGAUCGCCAAAACCAGGACAACCAUUUACACUUCCAAUUAAAACAAAGGCCAAUGAUGCCUCCAAUUUCACAACAUCUGCAAAUUUAACUUAUUUAGCAUUUACGAAUUCAUUAAAUGAAAUACAUAUAUUCAAAUCACCCUAUACAAACAGAUCGAAAUCCAUCAAUACCAUUUAUUUCACCGAUCAAAUUACUAACUUGUUACUUACAGAAUCCGGAAUUUUGUAUAUCACAACAACCAAAGGAGUUUUCGGAUACAACAUCGCCUUAAAGCAACAAACACAAAUGGAGAAUGAAGGUGUUAAGCCAGGAUUCGCCUUUCUCAACUCCCUCGACAAUUUAUUUUUAUGUCGCGAUAAAACAAUUGUUUAUUACAGUCCAAGUGGCAACAGAAUUACUCAUGAACUCGAAUUACCACCGAUAAAAGUCGGUCCCGUUGGCAGAUACUGUUAUUCUGCAGCAAAUGCCCAAAUUUCAACAUCUUUCUUAGUCAUGGACCUCGAAUAUGGGCUUCUCGUGAACAGUCAGAACAUUGGCAGCACAGUUACAUUCGUAGAUUACCAAUGGGGAUCAUUAAUUUCGAUAACAAAAUCAAAUACGAUCAAAAUGUAUCAAGAAAUGAAAUCUCAGCCGAAAAUCGACUUGUUAUGUAAGAAUUUAAGGUUCGAAAUGGCAAUUAAAAUGUCCAAAUCCUUUAAUUUGGGAUUAUCAUCAGAAGCAACGAUUAAUCAGCUUUAUGCCGACUAUUUAUUCACACAGCAUAACUACAAUGCUGCUAUAGAUCACUAUAUCAUGACAAUUGGCUACACAGAUCCAAGCCAUGUCAUAGCAAAAUUUGUAGAGCCUCAUCAUGCGGAGCAUUUAGCGAAUUACUUAGUAAAAUUACCUCGCGAUAUCAUUACAAAGCAGCACACAACACUGCUGUUCAACUGCUACACGAAAAUCCGAGCUACAGGAAAAUUAGAUGAAAUUGUCAAGAAUUUUGUUGAUUCUGCAAAGCGAAACGAAGAACCUAGCUUCGAUGUCGAGACCGCUGUCGAUGUGCUCAAGCGAAAUGGCUACAAACAGCACGCAUUGAGCUUGGCAAGCGCUUUUAAGUGCCAUUCGCUUUACUUGUCACUUUUGGAAGAGGAACUUCCCGAUUAUGAAAAAAUGUUGAAUUAUAUGAAAGAAAUUCCUGGUGAACAAAUACAAAGAAAAUUGGUCCAAUAUGGUGCAGAAAUCAUUGAUAAUUCAGAUGAAAAAUUAAAAGAGCAAUUAAUCAACUUCUGCAUACAGGCAUGCACAGAAGGUAUCAAGAAUGAGCGAAGGGAAGGCAGUACCAUCAUCAAACCUGAAGAUUUGGCCUUCGUUUUCUUAAAUGAUGAUAAAAGUCACUUCACUUUCCUUUAUAGGCUUCUUAACAACAACCCAGAGAUACUUACAGAGAAUUCCUGGAACGUUCUCGUAGAAAUGUGCCUCAGAAGCGAUCCUUCCAAGAUAAAAGAGAUUUUGACACAUAAAAGUGCGAAAUACAACAAUGAAGAGGCCUUAGUUUUCAUGAACUCGUUCGGUAUCGAAGAUGGAAGAGACAUUUUGUACGAAAAAAUGAAAUUAUAUUCGAUGAUUUUACAACAAUCUAAGCCAAAUGACGUUUUAUCGAUCUGUUUGAAGUUCGGUGAUGAAGAUAAGACACUUUGGUAUGACGGAUUGGUGAAAUUAUCAACUUCUUCCAACAUUGAUGAGAAAAUUAUCACAGAUUUCGUAAAAGAAGUCAGCCAAAGGGAUGUUAUACCAUUUAUGACUAUUUUACGAACACUCCAGAAGUCAGGAAGCCACAAAUACAAAGUUGUUUUGCCUAUUAUCCAAAAUACCUUCUUGAAAGAACAGAAUUUUCUACUAAAUGCCUCUAAAAAGAUGAAAGAAAGCGAACAGAAGGAAGAGGAGAACAAUAAAAUCAUCGAAAGGAUCACAACAAAGAAUUUCCAAGUAAAAAGAACGAGAUGCGAGAUUUGUGGUCAAGACAUUGAUUCAGAAAGCAGACAUUUCUUCUGUGGCCAUUCAUUCCAUGAGAAUUGUCUUGGAGAUUCAACGGAAUUUUGCAUUAAAUGCAAAUCAGAGUACGAAAAGAUUGUUUCUUCAAAGAUAGAAAGAAUGGAGAGUGCCAUGAGACAGAAUGAUGUCCAGAAUGAUAAAGGAAAUGGUUUUGAGUUCCUUUUGAAUGAAAUUUCUAAUUCUUUGUUUACUUCGUCUGUAGAUAACGAAGACCAAGAGCAAAGUGAAAAGGCAAUAGAAAGUCCAAAGGAGUUCCUUAGGAAACUUCAAUAUUAA